AUGGUUCAACAAUUGCAGAAAUCGAUGAGCGACGGGAUGGCGACAACAGCCGCAGCAGUCCCAAUGAAUGCAAAUGGAGUAGACACGGGUAAGGUGCCAACAGCACCACCUGAUGUGUUUUUCAGCACUGAAAAUGAGCCGGAGGAUUGCACACCAGUCAAAAUGGACCCCUUCGACAGACCCAAAAGCGACAAAGACCCAGUUGAAGACGCAAUAGAGAGACUUCUGAAAGUGAUGGAGAAGAUUGACUGCCCAUAUACACCGGGAAAGGAGAAAGGAGUAGAUCAGGAUGAAAGUGACGAUAUGACGGAGAGCGAGGACCAUGAUGAAAUGGCAAAGGAUGAUGAGGGCAUACCAGCCAACGAGGUUCGUGUGGAAACCAGAAAAAUGGAUUGUACAACUGGUCAACUGGUUGCUCCGAGGAUCUACGAGAAGGUUGACACCCUAUCUUCGACUUCUGAAUCAUCUGCUGAAGAGGAUGAGUCCAUGAUGAUCAUCAAGGAAGGGAUACGAGUGUGUUAUGGAGUCUGGAAGAAGAGACAGAAGAAUUCUGAAAUGGCAUUGAAGGGUUUGGCGAUUGUUUUGGAACUGUGCUUGACCCAACCAUCAGCGCGUGACGAAAUAUUCUCUGUGCUCUUGGAGACGCUGGGAUUCAACACGGUCACUUACUGGAAAGCAGUGGUCCCACAAGUGGUGGACUCAGAUUUGACAUAUGCUACACAGUACCGAGAGGCGUUGUUGUUCUCCAUGUGCUUGUAUGAUGUGAAUCAUAGCAAGAAUCGGCUCCGUGAGCUCUAUGCAGCAAUUCCUGGAUUCAGACAGAGUAUGCUUGGCAUCAGAGCCAAACAGUUCACGGAGAGAUAUCGUCAUCUUCAGAUGAAGAUUGCUCGUUCUCGUCAAAGCUCCAGAAUGUCAUCCAAAUACGGCUCUGAAGACAAUAUUCAAGCUAUGGUCACUCUGGCCAAUGAUGUCAUCAUGGACGAAGAGACAGCGCCAACUCAAAUGCCACUGGUCGACAUGUCGCACGAUAAGCAACGUGUCAUCAACGUCUCAAAUGCACCGCCAGUGUCAAUCAGCAGAAAAACAAGCGGGUCUUGGGAGAUCAAACAAGGUUCGGGUGGACUGGUGGCGUGUGUGGAUCCAGUAAUGUCGGCUGAUAAGAAGAACAUAUGGCUGUCGAAUCUGGGGGUCAACAUGCAAGAGGAGCUCAAAGAGCACUCGACUACAACGAACUCCAUUGGACUCCCACUCAUCAAGCAAGCGUGCGCUGGAGAAGUUUUCUGCGUAUUAGAGCGGAAUGAGAAAAAAGAGCUGACUCCGAAACAGCAAGCUGUGGAAAGCGAUAUGUCUCUUCUCUCCGUAUUGAACACUUACAACAAGCACAGUUAUCAACUGAACCCAGUAGUGGUCAACCAGGACGAUUAUGACACCUACUACGGAGGAAUUAGCAACGGACUUCUUUGGCCAGCGCUUCACAACUUGCCACAGUUCAUUUCACCAUGCUACAAUGAUCCAGAGGCACUUCGUGAGCAAUGGUGCGCCUAUGUCCGCGUCAACUACCUCUUCUCGAUCAACGCCGCUAGGAAUAGUCGCGCUCAGGACUUUAUUUGGAUCCACGACUACCAUCUGAUGCUCUGUGGACAGAUUAUGAGAUCCUUGGAAGGAAGUCUUGAUGUGAGCAGUAUAGAGGAGAGAGAAGGAAAACAAAAAGAGUCACUUCAGAUCGGAUUCUUUUUGCAUAUCCCAUUCCAACCGCCAGCAAACUUCAUGACCAAGUAUAGAACAGUUGGAGAGCCAAUCGUUCGUGCUCUGUUGAGAUUCACAAAAGUUGGAUUCCAAACCAGUCGUGACAGAGAAACAUUUGUAAAAUUGGUGGCUGAUCAUAUUAAAAGAACCAAGAUUGACUAUGAUUCUCGUCUAGAUCGCUACACCAUAGAGCAUGAUGGAUUUGCGUGCUCUCUUGGUGUGUUCCCAGUGUCUAUUAAGAUCGCUGACUUUGUCAACAUCGCCAAAAACCCUCAAACCGUCAUCGAAGCAGAAGAGAUCAGAAAACAAAUAAUGGGAAAAUGCGCCGAUGGUGGUCAAUUGUUCUUCUCUGUCGAGAGAUUUGAUUACACCAAGGGAAUCGCUGAGAAACUCCGCGCAUGGCAGAGAUACUUUGAAAAGUACCCAGACCGUAUUGGAAAAGAUGUCCUGUUCCAAGUCGCCGUGACUAAUAGAAGAUCCGUUGAGUCAUAUCGCCAGUACCAAGAUGAUGUGAUGGCUUUGGCAGAAUUGAUCAAUCAGAAAUUCCACAGCGAACAAUACCCUGAAUGGAAACCGGUGAUUUUUGAGACAGAUGGACUACCAAGAUCUCGACUUAUUGCUCACUACCUCGCCAUGGAUAUUGGAGUAGUAACCCCAUCGAAGGACGGAAUGAAUUUGGUGGCUAAAGAGAUGCUCGUGUGCAAUCCUACAGCUUCCCUCGUCCUAUCCACUGGUGCUGGAACUGAAGUCCAGCUGAGCAACGCCCAAUUCUACUCUGAACAAGAGGGCAAGUGCUACCACAGAGUUGAAGAUAUUGCCAACACUGAAGCGUUUGCGGAUAACUUCUUCGCUGCAGCCACAGAGAGCAAGGAGACCAGAAACAAACAUGGAGAGAAAAUAAACCAGUUCCUUUGUGUUCAUGACAUUGAUGAGUGGAGUGACCAAUUCUUGGAUCCAAAAUGGACUCACGAGGUUAUAAGUGAAUGCGAGGUAAAACAACUCGGACAAUUCUAUGGACUCAUGAAUCGCACCGCGCAAGUUCGUCGUCAAAUAGUUGAAUGUGUGUUGAAGGGACUUCCUAUCAGACCACACUUCAAGUUCUCUCUUGAGAAUGCUAAGGUAACUAGACAGGCGAAUGAUUCGGAGUGUACAACACUUACUUCUUUGGAAACAUCAUGCCCCGAGGGAACAAGCAAACUGACACUAGAAGCUGAUGAGGAGUCUGGAGAGGAGAAGGGAUUCAAGAUUACAUAUGACAUCCAUGAUGAGCUCAGUGAGAUGGAGAAAGAUCUCGCCUUCUUGUCUUUCAUCCAAUCUGAUGAGUAUGAGAAUGCCGAGGAGUUCAUCAAGACCAUUGGGUCGUUCUACGAAGGUGGACCGAUCCUUUUCAGCGAGGAGGUCAAACAGGCCGCUGAGAUGUUGCAGCGAGGAAUUCACUACAACACAUUCUUUACUGAUCGUGAUGGUACUUUGAAAAGCUACGCUUGCUCAUACCCAACUAGUGUCCAACCAGCUUACUCUGCAGUCAUCCAAGCACAGUUUGCUCGUCGUUGCGCCACAUUCUGUGCCAUUGUCACCACCGCUCCACUGAUCCAUACCGGAAUUCUUGAGGUUGCCACUAUUCCAGAAGGAUACUACGCAUAUGGAGCAUCUGCUGGAAGAGAAUGGUAUCUGAAUCCAGCCCAGCAGUUCAAGGAUCGCUCUUUCUCGGCUGUGGAUUUGACUUUGAUGAAUAAGGUGUUUGAAUUGAUUGAGGAGCUUCUCGAGAAACCAGAAUUCCGGACAUUCAAAUGGAUCGGAAGCGGAAUUCAGAAGCAUUGUGGCCACAUCACUAUUGCCAAGCAAGAUGUGAAUGGAACAAUCCCAGCAAGAAAAGUCACCCGGCUCCAUGAGCAGUUGGUGAAGAUUGUCAAUGAUUUUGACCCAACUGGCACCACGUUGACGAUGAGAGAAUCAGACUUGGACUUUAAGAUUUAUGUGAAGGCAAAACUGAAGGGACGUAUUUUCAACAAAGGCCAUGGAAUCCGUUUGGUGAAGGAGCGACUGAAGCCAAACAUGUCCAAAGGUAGCUGUCUGGUUUGUGGAGACAGUGAGUCGGAUAUUCCAAUGCUCGAGGAGUGUUUGAAGUUGGCUGGAUCGAAAGUGUACACGAUUUGGGUAACCAGGGAUCAGGCGUUGCAGGAGAAGGUCUCCCAACUUUGCGAACGCUACAGUUGCACCAAUAUCCACUACGUCACCUGCCCACAAGUCCUUCUUGGAGCCAUGGCUUACGCCACAGCUCAUACUCUCACAAAUGAGAAGAACAGAAAGGCCGACUCGUACUAUGAUGACUCGGACACCCCAAUGGACCAAGAGGACACUCCAUCCAAGCAACAAUGA